AUGUUUGGUACCUUACGCUACGAAGCGAGAAAUGAAGAUGGGGAGUUUUUGCAGCAUGAAGCGGGAACUGCAGGUCGCCUUCAGCGUAUGGUAUGCGAUAAUUGCCGAGUGAAGAAGGGAAGAUUCGAUGCAGUGGUCGGCGGACAGGGUGCUAUCGAUGCACAACGCUCAACGUACCCUGAAUCUACUCCAAGUCAAGUCCUCGAAAACGACAGCCCAAGAAACGGCUGGCAUCUCCAUCCUACGACACCAGCGGAGGCAGCGAGGAUAAUCAAACUUCCAAGGAGCUUUCAAGCGAGAGCGCAGAACAGAAAUCAAAAGAUUAUUGUACCGCCUAUCAUCAAUCGCGGAGAAGAAUUUCAAGAGGAAGACGAGCAAAUGUUUAACAACUUUGACUGGUAUUUGGGCGAGAAACACAGUUCACUUGCGUCACCUUCGUUAUUGACGGCUGCUCCUACCAUCGAUCUUCCAACAGAAUCAGAUAAACGGCUCUCAACGAGUACUGAGCCAGAGAGCGGUACACCCCAGGACAAAAGAACAAGCCACGGUGCACCUCAUAUAUAUUCUUCAAAUCUGAUGGACGAUCAUAUGGUUCUGGAUCCUACUGUGCUUCACACCUCUCCAUACAUAACGCCCACCCCCAGUAUCAAAUCACAGCCACCAUCCGUUUUUCUCCUAGAUGAACUCGAAGGCUCCAACGAUGCUGGUGUGCACGAAGAGAGAAAAACACUCGACUCCCAACCAAGUUCUUAUCGAGAAGUUUUGUCACGAUGCGAGAGCAUACUCCAAUGUCCCCAGUGUCGCCGAAGGCCUGAGAACAUGACCGUGCUGAACCUUGUUCUAGAGCGCCAGACGAGUCUCGCGAGUAGCAUUAUAGACGCAUAUCUCGUCCUAACGUCAGCAGAUAGUGACAACUCCACCACAACCAUAGAGAGCGUUGUACAGCCCACUUCAACAAGGGUGUCAUCAAUCCCCACAGCGCUAGAGCCUCCGGAAAUGUUUCUUGGAGAGUACAGCAUCGCCAAAUCAGAGUGGAAAAAUAUGGUGCGUGUGUUAGUACUGACUCAGAUGAGUGCUUUUGAUCGUCUCAUCGCUCAGAUGAAGCAGGUUCCGUUGCUGGCUCAGCGGCACUCCCAGAUGACUCGCCUACGCACUUCGAAGCUGCAGAAUCGGCGGAUCGCGCGACGUCUCUGGCCCGACUUACCUGAUACAUUUACGCUGUCGGACCCGGCAAUAUAUUUCAUGUCAUGGCCUAAAUAG